UUUAAUUAAUUUGCAGGUGAAUUUGAAUUCCUCUUCGGUCGAACUGAAUUCUCCGAUGGAGCCCCCUUCAAACCAAAGUUUCCGCAGCAACAAUUACGUACCUUCGUGGACAGACGAUGAUAAGAUAAUCGGCAUGAAGAGGUCAUACCCCUUCUCCUUAGAAAGUCCGCCGUUGUCGCAAUGCAAUUUUAAUCCGAAGAAUUAUUCUAAAUCGGACGAAUUAUUGGCUUCGUCUAGCGAUAGUAGAUAUAAAGCUAAUAUCGAGCCAAGAAGCAAAUGCGUGAUCAGAGAAGGCCCUUUGAACUCAAAUUCACUGCCCGAUCGUAACGUAAAAGACGUAAACCGAAAAAACGAGAGGCUAGAUGGAGAUUUUCUUACAUUGGCUCCUCCGAAUUUGAACUCGAAGCACGGAUUAUUCGAAUAUGAAAGUAUUCCAAUCGAGGAAUAUUCCAAAAGCUCGGACUCGUUUAGCUUCUUUCCAAUUAAAUUGCCGAACGAUGAAACGACGAGACAUUUGAGCAUCGGGAGUAAUAAUGGCGAAAAGGGAGAGACGAUUGAUCUGAAUUUAAAGCUGUAAAAAAGCUUUUGGUAUCAAAAGUGAUUUUUUUUUUACUGUGUUGUAAAUCCCUUUUUUUUAUAAUUUAUUUUAAUUUAAAACUUUGAGAGAGAGAUGCUUUUGAUGUUAAUGGUGUGUAAUUUUCUGCCUCUGUUGUUUGUCGAGUUAACUCAGUGAGUUCAAUUCUUGAAUUUUUAAUUUGAGUUUGAUGAAUUGGAUAAUAUGGAUAUUGUCCUAAGAAAUAUAGAUUAUGCUUAUGUUGGAUUUCUUAAAAGGACCA